UACACUUGACGAGCUUUGAAAUCUGACACGUAUUUAUCAGUACUAUGGUGGAAUAUAGCUCGGAUAAAUAACGCUAGUUGGAUAUGUCACCCAGCACACAAUUUGAAAAGCUACAGGUUGGUGAGAUGGAUGCAGAGGGACAGGGCGUGCAUAAAGAGGAAGGCGAUGUUCGCUUGCUGUUGCCUCCCACUGUGUCGGACAGUAACAUUGCAAUAGCCGCAUCACGGUUUCUGCAAGUGGAGUUGGAACUAAACGCCCACCUUCGACGGUUGUCAUUCAGUGAUCCAGUGCGCUACAUCUACAACCCGCUAGAGUAUGCCUGGGACACGCAUCGCUGUUACGUGGAAAAGUACUGUGGUGGGGGGCAGAGCGUUCUUUUUUUGGGGAUGAACCCCGGACCUUUCGGAAUGGCUCAAACAGGGGUCCCUUUUGGAGAGGUGAACUCUGUGCGUGAUUGGCUGAAGAUCACAGGAAAGGUGGGGCAUCCCCCCGAUGAGCAUCCAAAGCGACAAAUCACAGGCCUGUCCUGUACUCAGAGAGAAGUAAGCGGUGCCCGUUUCUGGGGCUUCUUCAGAAAACUGUGCGGGGAGCCAGCGGUGUUCUUCCGCCACUGCUUUGUACAUAACUUGUGCCCUCUGAUCUUCAUGAGUGCCUCUGGCAAGAACCUGACUCCUCCUGAGCUGUCUGCUGGAGAACGUGACACUCUGCUGGCACUGUGUGACACUGCCCUGUCCCAAGCAGUGGAGGUGCUAGGCAUCUCCAUGGUGAUUGGGGUAGGCCGAGUAGCAGAGCAGAGGGCCCGCAGAGCCCUCGCUGCAGCAGGCAUGCAGGUGCGCGUGGAGGGUGUCAUGCACCCUUCCCCCAGGAACCCGCUGGCCAAUAAAGGCUGGGAGGCAGUAGCCCAGGCUAAGCUGGCUGAACUAGGUGUCCUAUCACUGCUGAGUAACACAUAACCUCUGGUCAAUCAGCCUCCUUGAGAAAUGACCCAUGUCAUUUAUCUGCAAUGGAUGGUGUACUCAUCUUACAGCUUGAGACUUGGAUGUACUCUAUUUGUCUUUUAUCUUCAAUGACUUUCAAUUCUGUUACCAUUGCUGGUCAGACAAUAUGACACCAUCACUUCUAAAUGGACAGUAUUGUUGGCAGACAAUGCCAAGCCAUUUACUACAUCAUAAUUGAAAGGCUCUUGGGAAAUGAAAGCAUACUUUACACCACUUUGUUGUGUGUAUCCCAUUAGGAACUGUAAUGUGUAGAGAUACUGUAUACAUUCUUUACACUGGGCAAGCAAAUUUAAAUUAAUUUAACUGUGCUGCUGUGUAUGAUACCUGAGAUUACACUUAUCUUGUUGGCAUUAUUGCAACAGCCCGUUUGUUUACCAGGCCUCUACCUACUUAAUGUAUUAAUGAGAGAACCUGAAAUCAUAUGGUAUAGCUCCAAUGUAGUAGUGGAUAGUACCUGACCUUGGCAACUAAGUAUUUCAUGCUUAAGGAUGUGUUGUCCCUGACCCAUCUGCUGAGGUGUCUUUGUUUCCUCUUUGCAAGACCCACAAAUUCUGCUUGGCACCCAACCACUACCACUCAGCAGAUUAUUUUUGUUACCAUAGCACCCUCUUUUAAGCAAGGAUACCCGCUGACCACGUCCCCUAUGCUUUUCUGUCAUUAACCUGAAUCCAUCUUGCAUCUCCGUUUGUGUUUCACUAAGUGGGAAGUAUUAACAAUAUAUUUGUUUUUUGUUUAUUUAAUUUUCCAGUAUCAUAUCACUAAUUUUAUUGAUUGUAUUAUACAGUACAUGUUGUUUCUUUCCGAUCAGUACUGAAUAAAUGUGCAUUGGUCUCAUUCUAACA